CCUUCAAUAUCAUCAACCCAGACAAAAUAUUGACAGUCCUUUGUGUACAAAUACAUAAAUUUCUUCAAUGUAACUCACAGAAACUCAAAAGCCAUUAAAAAAAUUCAGACUUAAUGCAUACCGCCCGUAGAGGACAACAGAUGAACCAUCUCCCAGGAUUGUUCAUAGUGCCAGAUUCCAACAACAUCACAUUGAGUCCACAAUUACAUUUGCCAUCAACUUUCAUCACAUCCUUCCUUCUGAAAUUGGAAGCUCCAGAAUCACUACUAUUCCCCAUCGAACUAACAUGGUUCAAUCGUUGCCUUGCCAUACCUUGUAUUCUCUUUUCUACUCCAGAGAUUGAACCAGGUGAUGAAUUUUACAGCAUAGAGAGCAUUACAGAUGACAUAAAAGAGGAAAUAGGUUUUACUCCAGGGAUUAACUGCAACAUGGAUUCUGAACAUAAUAGCUGGCUCUACCAAGUUGACAUAUGCAUCAAUGCUUCUGGUUCAGAUCUCAUUUAGUGUCCUCUACUACUUCCAAAAAGCAAAUUUGGUUCACAAAUUCAAUUAUCAAACUUUAAAAAAAUUUAGUUAUUGAGCAACUAGAUAGCACGUGCUUUAAUUUAAUUUGUUUGUUGUAUUUGUAACUUAAAAAUCUUUACAUUAUUUUCAGCUUUCUUCUUUCCUUUGCAUGAACUAUUUCUAGAAAUAAAAGUAUAAUAAGGGUUUCCCUUAUCUUCCA